AUGAGCUUGAAAAGGUUUUUCAAUUUUUUGGAAGCAGAUGAUGAAAAGGGGAAGAAAAAAAUUAAUGCAAAGAAGGGCGGAAAGGAAGAAACACAUCAGGUUGGAGAUGAAAUAGAAAAGGAUGAGGGGGGAAAGGAAAAGGAAAAGACACAAGAGGUAUACAUGGUGAAGAAUGAGGGAAAAGAAGAAGAAAAGCAGAAGGAAGUGCUGCAAAACAAGGGUCAGGAAGAAGUGCUUGGAGAAAAUAAAGAAGGGAACAGAAACCAAAGGGAUAAGUCAACCCUUAACAGAAGUGAUAGUGAUAUGAAAAAAAGAAAAAAGAAUGUAAACAUAGACAUCUGUGAAACAGAUGCAUUAAAAGACGAAUCAAAAGAGGAUGACAUGUUUGAUGAUAAAAAAGCAGAAGGGAGAUCUGAUAUAAUAGAAAGUAACACAUUACCCAGUGAUGAGAUGCUGCAAAAGGAUAUAAGAGAGUCAAAUGUGGAGGUAAUGAACAACUGUGAAGUGAAAAAAUAUAAACAGGACGACGUUACAUCGCUAUGUGAAGGGGUUCAGAAUGAAGAGGGAUUGAACGAAUGCUCAGAGGAAAGAACACAAGGAGGAGGAAGAAACUACUUAGAAAAAGAAGAAACAGAUAGCAAAGUAAAUGGCAAAGAACAGGACCAAAAAAAUGUACCAUCCUGUAGAGAACAUAACAACGUGGGUAAUAAUGUGGAGAAGGAAAAAAAAGAAAAAGAAGGGGGUUCGGAAAUUCAGGGAGUAACCCCAAUUGUUGAAAGUAGUUCGCAUAAUAAGGCAUUAAAAAAUGAUGAUAAGGAGUCGUCAAAUAAUAAUAUAUUAGACAUAAAUGGUAAGCAGUUAACUGGUAGUAAAGGGAAUUCUAGCGAUAAACAAGUAACAAAUGGAAAGAACUUGUCGUCGUAUGAUUAUACCAAGAAUAAGGAGGAUUAUAUGUAUAAUUAUGAAAACUCGUAUUAUAACGUGUGCGCAAAUAAUAGCGGUGGUGGUAGUGGUAGUGGUAGUGGUAGUGGAAGUGGUAAUGGAAGUGGUAGUGGAAGUGGUAGUGGAAGUGGUAGUGGAAGUGGUAGUGGUAGUGGAAGUGGUAAUGCUAAUAGCAAUGCUAACGUAGAUAACCACGCGAAUUACCCAUAUUAUUACAAUCAAUACUACAAUAACAUGGCACCGCCAAACCCUUUUAACAACAAUGUACCGAUUAGAAAUAAUAACUAUAAUAGCAUAAAUGAUGUGCAAAAAACGAGGAAGGAUUAUGUAAAUGAAAAGAAUAAUUUAGGGAAUGAGUAUAAUAUGAAUGAUAAUAUUGCUCCUGGUGGAGUAGGCCACUUUGGAGGUGCAUAUAUGCCCCAGGCAAUGAACAAUUAUUACAAUAUGUAUAAUUAUAACUAUGUUAAUAAUAGCAUAGGAAACAUGGGAAAUAUGGGUAGCAUGACCAAUAUGACUAACAUGAACAGCGUAAAUUACAAUUACUACUACAACAUGUACGACUACAACAGGGGCAUGGAAACUGAUGUAAGGCCUUAUGGGUACUGCUCGUUAAUUGACAAAAGCAUCGAAUUAAUGAAAAAAAGCGAUAAAGUAAAAGAGAUGUUAAAGAAUCCAGCUAGGUUACAAGUAACUCAGGAAGAAUUAAAUAAAAUAGAUUAUACCGAAGGAAAUGAACAAUACAAUAUAUGGUUUGGAAAAUACGUAACAGAUAAAUAUGAUAAGGGGUCCAAGGGAACUAAUAUAUCACGUUUUGUUGCAAAAUAUAAAUGUAAUCCCUUAACAGAUACAGGUUAUACUAAGGCUGAUAAAACGUAUACAAGUAAACAAUUUUUCUGUAUAUAUUUCGCACGAGGAUGUUGUGCAUAUGGUCAUAAUUGUUUGUAUAGACAUAGAAUACCAAAUGAAAAUGAUGAGAUUGAAUUUGAAGGUUCUAUGGAUAUAUUUGGAAGAGAAAAAUUUAGCUCUUUUAAAGAUGAUAUGACUGGUGUAGGUAGCUUUAAUAGUGACUGUAGAACACUGUUUAUUGGUAGUCUUCAUAUAAAACAUUUUAAUGAAGUACAUUUAAUUGAAAAAAUUUUAUAUGAUGAAUUUAUUAAUUUUGGAAAUAUUGAUUAUGUUAGAUUUAUACCAAAUAAAAAUAUAGCAUUUGUUCAAUUUACUAACAGAGUUAAUGCAGAAUUUGCAAAAGUAGCUAUGUCAGAUCAACCAAUAGAAAACCAUUCCACAGCCUUAACAAUUAAAUGGGCAUUCGAAUUAAAAAAUCAGCCAAGUCAUUUUUUUAACUAUUAUAAUAAUCCUUAUAUAUAUAAUGAAAAUUUUGUUAUAUCCUCUACAUGGGAACAGUACAUGGCCCAGCAGCACUACGCCGGAAAUCCCAUGUUCCCUGAUUACAGUAAUAAUAUGGGUGGGGUAGGGUCCAUGCAUAACACUGGUAAUUUCGGAGGCUUCAACAAUUUUGGAAGCAUUAACAGCUUCAGCAGCGCGAAUAGUGGUGGUAAUGCAUCCCUCUCUGCUCAUUAUAAAAAAAUUAACGACAGGCAUAACAACCUGAAUAAGAGUUUAAAUAAAAUAGACCAUAUGUUUGAUACUCAGAAUUAA